AUGACUGAAAAGAUUGACGAUCAAGAGCUGCAGACAUCUACAACGCCUGGAUAUAACCCUGGAGAGAAGAAGACGCUGGAUGAGUACGCGCAGUUAGACUCAAACGAUGAGUCAUUGAACAAAUGGAAAGCUUCCCUUGGUAUUGGUGCAGGCGCUGCGAAUGAAAAUGGCCCAAAGAUUGAAUUCAUCAGCCUCUCGCUCGAAUCAGCUACUCGCCCUGAACCAAUCGUAUUCAACUUUGCAGAAUUAGAAGGCAAAAAGGAACAUAUCAAGAAGAAUCCUGUCUCUAUAAAGGAAGGCACUGAGUACAACGUUAAAUUAGACUUUAAGGUCAACCACGACGUCAUCUCUGGCUUGAGAUACGUUCAGGUCGUCAAAAGAACUGGCAUGACUGUCGACAAAAUGGAAGAAAUGGUUGGGUCGUACGGUCCUAGCCAAAAUCCUUAUGAGAAGAGAUUUGCUACUGAGGAAUCUCCUUCAGGAAUGCUUGCUAGGGGUACUUACAGUGUCAGAUCGCGUAUCGUCGAUGACGAUGGCCAUAUCUACGUCGAUUUCGACUGGGCAUUCAAAAUUUCUAAGGAGUGGUAA